GUCACCAUGAAACUGGUCCUCCCGAACCCAGGACUGGAUCUCCGGAUUCCUAACUAUGAGGAUCUGGACAGGAUGGAGAAAGAGGAGGCCGAUGACAGGCCCAAGUGGGACAACAAAGCUCAGUACAUCCUAACCUGUGUGGGCUUCUGCAUUGGACUUGGUAACGUGUGGCGCUUCCCUUACUUGUGUCAAAGUCAUGGAGGAGGUGCUUUUUUGAUUCCCUACCUCAUCCUGCUGAUGCUGGAGGGAAUGCCUCUUCUGCUGCUGGAGUUGGCCAUCGGCCAGCGUCUCAGAAAAGGCAGCGUGGGGGUGUGGAGGGCCAUCAGUCCUUAUCUGACUGGUGUCGGUGUAGCUUCCAUGCUGGUGUCCUUAUUGGUUGGACUAUACUACAACACCUUAAUAGCCUGGAUCAUGUGGUAUCUCUUCAAUUCCUUUCAAGACCCGCUGCCUUGGACCCAGUGUCCUCUCAAUGAGAAUGGCACAGAAUUUGUACCAGAGUGUCAACAGAGCUCCACUGUGGAUUACUUUUUUUACCAAGUGACUCUGAAUACCACGGCCUCUAUAUCUGACUCUGGGGGAAUCCACUGGCCCAUGGUCCUCUGCCUGUUAUGCGCCUGGACAAUCAUUGCUAUCUGCUGCAUUAGAGGCAUCGGCACUUCAGGCAAGGCAGUCUACGUCACAGCCAUUCUGCCUUACAUCGUGCUGGCCAUCUUCUUGAUCCGGGGACUGACGCUUAAAGGUGCCCUGAGUGGACUAAAGUUUCUCUUCACACCAGAUGUGAACGAGUUGAUUAAACCAACAACUUGGCUGGAUGCAGGUGCCCAGGUUUUUUAUGCUUUUGGUUUGGGAUGGGGAGGCCUCAUCUCCUUCUCAAGCUACAACCCUGUUCACAACAACUGCAUGAGAGAUGCUGUGAUCCUGACGGUUGUAACUGGUCUCACCUCCAUCUAUGCUGCCUCAGUCACCUACACCAUCAUUGGCUUCAGGGCCACAGAGAAAUAUGACAGCUGUAUCAGUGAUAACAUCAUCACAUUAUUAAAUGCAUUUGAACUACCUGAAGACAGCAUCACUGCGAGCAACUAUGAGGACGCCUUGAUUCAUUUCAACAGGUCCUCUCAAGACAUUGUUCUUGGAUUGGGCAUCAAAACUUGUGAUAUGCAUAAACUUCUCAGUGAGGGAGUGGAGGGAACAGGUCUGGCCUUUAUUGUGUUCACAGAAGCCAUCACCAAGAUGCCUGGUUCUCCAGUCUGGUCUGUCCUCUUUUUCAUCAUGCUACUCUGCUUGGGACUCUCAACCCUGUUUGGCAACAUUGAGGGGGUGGUGGUCCCACUGAAAGACCUGCAUGUAUUCCCUAAGAAAUGGCCCCAUGAAGCACUGACAGGAUUAACCUGUGCUAUCGCCUUCAUCAUCACGCUCCUGUUUGCGCAGAAAUCAGGGUUUUAUUGGGUAACUCUCUUUGACAACUUUGCUGGAUCUGUCCCACUUCUCACCAUUGGAUUGUUUGAGAUGAUAGCUGUUGUUUACAUCUACGGCAUAGACAGGUUCAAUGAGGACUUGGAGUUCAUGGUUGGACAUAAGCCAGGCAUCCUCUGGCAGAUUUCCUGGAGGUUCAUCAGUCCUCUCAUCGUUCUGGUUAUCUUAGUUUUCUACCUGGUUACACAAGUCCAAGAGGAGCUCACCUACUUAGUCUGGGAUCCAAACUCUGAGGGCUUCCCUGCUCUGGCAUCAGUCCUGUACCCUGCAUGGAUCUACGUGAUUAUCUUUCUAUUGGCGGGAGUCCCCAGUCUGGCAGUACCUGUGUAUGCGUUAUUUAGGCUGCUCUUUGUUUGCUGCAAGAAAAAAAGAGUAUCCAGGGAAAAAUGAGCAAGUUUUCUUAAAAAGUGAAAUUUUGGAAUUCUGUGUUACAGCUAGCUGAAGUUAUGUCUAAAUAUGAAUCUGAUAUGUUUGAGAAAUGCUGGUCAAGUGGGGCAAGGAAAAAAGUCAUUUGAGGUCUUGACUGAAUAUUUUGUUUUAUAUAGGAUUUAUGUAGUGUCACAGUCUGCUGUGUCUUUAUGCAUUCAGACUUUUGGAAAAAAUGGACUAAGUGUCAGUAUAAAACUUAUCUAAAUUGUCUUCAUUUGUUGCUCUCAACCUUGUUCUCACGUAGUUGGUUUAUUAUUAUAGUUUACUGUGUUCUUCUCCUCCUGUGUUCCUGUGCUGCCUUUUUGUCAUUUGCCCAGCUACAUACCUGUCCUCACCAGCUUUGUCAGUCCUUCCCUGCAACUCACUUUUUCUCAGUCAUUCAACUCUCUGGUUGUUCUUCUGCCUUAUCCCCUCAUUCCCCUCACCUGAGCUUCUCUACCCUUUUUCUCCACCUGCACUUCAUUCCCUCGUCAUUCCAGUUUCUAUUUAAGUCGUGGUUUUCAGUUCAGUCUUUCUUGUA